AGUUGUCCAUUCACGACAUCCUGCGUGCUUCCUGGGUUUACAACACAGCAGAACUUAUAUUCUUUAUUUUAUUUACCCCUGGAUUAAAGUAAAAAAAAAUAAAAAAAAAAAUGAGCCGAAAGGAGGAGUAUGACUCAUACGAGAUUGAGGAACCAAGUGAUGAAGAGAGAGCGUGUAGCAGUUCUGAAGAUGAGCUUGACAUUCUUCUUAAUGGAACCCCAGAUCAGAAGAAGAAGCUCAUCCGUGAGUACCUGACCGGGGAAAGCGAAUCGUCCAGCGGGGAUGAGUUCGAAAAAGAGAUGGAAGCAGAACUGAGCAGCACCAUUAAAUCUAUGGAGUGCAACUGGAUGACUCCAUCCACUCAAGUAGAGACCUCUCGGAUUAGUGGCAAUACGGAAAGCGCAGAAAGGACGCAGCAAUCUCAACAAUAUGACGACAUUUACUUUGACACAGAUUCUGAUGAAGACAGCCAAGCUGGGAUAUCUCAAAUCCAGCAAAAAAAGCAGCGGCAAGUACGUACAAAUGACGAGUUGUUAUAUGACCCAGACGAAGAUGAUCGUGAUCAGGCCUGGGUAGACGCUAAGAGAAAAGAAUACAGGUACAGAAGCCGUAAACGCCCAGCGUCAUCUGGACAGAAAACAAACCAGUCUCAGCCUCUUCCAAGCAGUGACGCCAUCCUCAACUGUCCUGCGUGUAUGACCACAUUAUGUCUGGAUUGUCAGAGACACGAGAAAUAUAGGACGCAGUACAGAGCCAUGUUUGUGAUGAACUGUUCAGUGAAUAAGGAUGAAGUAUUGAGGUAUAAAGCAGCAAAACAGAAGAAACAGCGCAGAAAGAAGAGUCGUCAGGACCACAUGGUCACAUCAGCAGAGGCUAAACCUGAGGCAGAAGCAGGUCUUACUGACUCCAGAUUGGGUGGGAUGGAUGAAGAAGAGGUCUAUCACCCAGUCAAGUGUACAGAGUGUUCAACUGAAGUGGCUGUAUAUGAUAAGGAUGAGGUCUACCACUUCUUCAACAUUCUUGCAAGCCACUGCUGAUGAGAAAGCGAGAACUAUGACUUCAAGUGAAAAAUCUAAGCCGCUGUUGAUUGGUAAUGAAACACAGUUCAGAAAAAGUGUGUUAUAAGGAAAAUAUUUCAUGUGUUCAGAAUUUGUACUCUUGCACAAUUAUGUAAAAUAUCUGUAAAAAAGAAUUUCAUUUUGUCAUGUUUUAAAAAAUUUUCUUUUUUUUUAACAGAAGUGAUGCAGGACAGAUAUUUCAUAUUUGCUAAAAGUAAAUUGGAAUUGUUAGAUUACAGGUGUUUCAGGCAUGUUUAUUUCUUGCAUUAUUGGAAUAAAUUCUUUUUUUUUGCCA